AUGAAGGUGAAAGAGACGGCGGGUGACAAUGGACUGUUCUUCAACACGGAGGGCCCAAGACCCUCGCCUCCUGGGGGGCCCGUAGACGGGCCCCUAAAGGGCCCCCCUCUCAGCAUUGGUAUAGCCAAGCGGUCGGUUGUUGGCGCCUUCGCGUUUUGUGUGCUAUUUUCAUUUGAGCAUGCAUAUACUCCAGGCGCUGCAGCGCCUGUGCCAGUCCCUCCUGCACCUCCGGACGCGCCUUCUGUGCCUUAUUUCAACGAACAGCAGCAAGAGCACCAGCACGAAAGCCCUCGACUGCUGCUGAUGCAUGACUUUUCUCUGGGGAACGACAAGGAUGGAGAGGCUAUCAAUUGGGCCCGCGAGAUGUACCCAACGCUGCUGACUUACAUAGAAGACACCGCAGGCGUUGAAGUCACAGCGCUACCUCUCUCCGCGGAGCCCCGCUUGUUUGCAUUUGGGGAGGCCCUGUUCAACUUCAUUCUCAUCGUGUCCACCUCCGACAAACAUCAGAUGAAAGAACGGACAAUCAAUGCUAUUCUAAAUUGGCUUGACGGUGGAGGCGAGGAGUCUCAAGGAGCCAACCAUGAGCAACACCAGCGGCAGCAGCAGCAGCUGCUGCCUCGGCUGAUGCAAGAAAACCUGCAUCAGCAGCAGCCACCGCCGCAGCAGCAGUACUACUCCCCGCUUGAGAAAAGCCGUUCGCUGCUGCUGUUGCUUGGGCCGGCUGCGUCUCCCUCUUUGUUGCAGCUGGCUGCUGCUGUCUUUGGCCCGGCGUCAGUUGCUCCUUCCUUCUUGCAGCAGCAAGCAGCAGACCUGUUUGGCGCGGUCUCUCUUGAUGGCUUAAUCCCAGAGAAGCAGACGCAGCACCAGAACCAGCAGCAGCGUCAGGGGGCAGUCUUUGUUGUUCGAGAACUUCUUGACGGCCAUCCUCACGUUGUCACUCCGCUCGCCGAGGAUGAGGUACUCUUAUACAGCGGCGGCUACCACUUGGGGGCUCUUCAGGUUGGCUGUGGGUCCCGGGAGUGCGAGAAGGAACAGCUGCCCCCGUAUGCAUUUCCCCUGUUGCUGGCGCCUCCUACCGCACUGGCGGUAGACAGCAGCAGCAGCAGCCACAGCAGCCACAGCGACUACAGCAGCAUCAGCAGAAUGGCCUUCGCCUCGGCGCUGCAAACGCGGGGCGUGUGGAGGCCGUUUGAGGGCCACGAUGUUCAGCUGGAAUAUGUUCUGGGGGACCCUUUGCAGCGGCUUUUCCUCCAGAGAGAGGCGGACAGCCCAACGUUUUCUGCUGAGUUCAAGGUGCUCACUGCAGAAGACAGCGCUUAG